UUUUUUCAUAAGGUGGUGAAUCACGAAAGAUUUUGAAACCUCCUACCGGACUGCAGUCAAAAAAGUGUGAGAAACACUGAGCAACCUGAUACUGAAAAUCAGUUGACUCUCUUAAAUAUAUUAGAAAAGCUUCAAUGCAAUGGAAGAAAAAAGAUCAAAUGACGAAGAUCAGCAUGAAGAAUUAACUGUCCAAUCCAACAAGGUGUUUCAAUCUUUACCGAAAGUUAGAUCUGUGUUCGAUGUGCUAAAAAAACAGUUUGAAAGGCACGCUGUAAGGCAACCAAGCAAUGAAAAUAUACCUUCAAACGAGUUCUUUAAUAUUGAUAAAGAACUUGAUAGCAGACAGAAUGAGUGGGGAAAUUUGUCCCGAAUUUCGGAAACGACAACAAUCAAUGCGAAUAUUCAUGAAAAUGAUUUUAAUAGUUGGAGUAAAGGUCAGGUCUUAAAUACGAAAACAAUACAGCAGAGAUUAAGUGAGGACGAAAACCUCAAAUACCAAUCAGAUCAAGUUCGAACAUCUGGUGAUGGCUCCUGGAAUUCUAGUUGGAAUAUCUUUAAUAAAACGAAAAAUCACGCUAGCCAAAAUGAAUCUAAAGAUUUCAGUUGUCAAGAAUUAUUUAGUCACGAUAGAAAACAGUAUGUAAAGAUAGAAAAGAAGUUUGGUAAACUGCAUUAUUCUGGAAAUAUUGUUCUUAAUUUUUCCGAUGUUUGCUGUCAGUUAUAUUUUGGAGCUCUUGGUGUGGAAAGUUUUUUGGUUGUAAAUUGCGUUGAUUCAAAGAAUUGUGACCCAUUUGUAGCGAGAAUUGAGAUCUCAGAUGAAGAAGAACUUAAUUACUCUUAUUCGUUCCAUCGUAAUCAAAAGAAACUGUUGGAACUGAUUACGAUUACUAAGAUAUAUGAAGAUGAGUUAUUAUUUAAAAGAAACGAAGCUUAUGACAGUUUCCUGUUAAUUCUAAAAGAAAGAGCUAAGAAUAUUUCAGAUGAUUUUUGUUGCAGAGAAGAUUUUUUACAGCUUCUGAAUAUAGUAAGGUCUCAUAAUUUGUCCUUGGAUCAACCUUUAUUAUUAUUGAAAGAAAUAAUCCAAAUUGAAAGCAUAUCAAAUGAAGUCAAAUAUCAUGCAGAACGUUUGAGACAGGUAGAAUCUAAACUUUCAACUCGAAAUCAUCAUUUCCCAAAAUGUUGUGUUAAGACUGAUAUGCCUGAUUUAUUCGGAAGAAUAAGAAAUGUUUGUAAGGAGGGAAUCGAUAUUCACCGAAAGAAUUUAAUCAAUGAAUGCCCAAAUAAAAGUUUUAAACUUGUUUGCCUCGUUGUGAAUGUGAACAAUUUACUUGAUAGAAAAAUUCUAUUCAUCAGCAAAAAAGACAUUAAACUGUUUGCUGAUUUGUUGGAAUUCAUGAAUGAACAGUAUCCAAAUGAGAAUCACCUCGCAGAUUUUGUUAAAAACUUGUGGAACAAAUUUUUCAAAAGAAUUGAGGCAGAAAAUCAGAUCAAAUCUCUGAAGAAAUUGGGAUCCAUUACACACCCUAUUUAUUAUUUCCUGUUAAAAUGUUUGCAUGAUAUAGUCUCUGACAUAUAUUCCAAGAGCGCAAAUCAAGUCGAAACAUUAAUUUCCUUUAAUGAUGGAGAUCUCGUUACAGUUGAAGCUAUUACGUGGUCUUCUAACGAUUCUUUAAACAUAUCUCUCGAACAACAGUAUCUUUUAAUGGGUAAACUUAUUAAAUUUUUUGAACCAGGACUUUAUUUUUAUCAAAACAAUUUCAAUUAUGCAUUUAAGUUGUUAAAAGGAGACGAAGAUGUAUCUCUUUUGGAAACAGUUAAGAACAUGUCUCAGGAACGCCUUGUUUGGUUAUACAUAGUUGAUUCUAGCCUCGAACCUAUUUUGUGUGACAAUUCCGCGGCCCGAUUUAAAGAAUUGUCAUUACCAGUACUAAAUGGGUUUGUAAAGUUCAUACAAAAUGUUAGAGAAGAACGACAUGAAACUUGUCGUGUAGCUACUCAUAACAUUAUGCAGUUCGUUACCCGUAUUUCUCCCUAUAUCAGUACAAUUUAUUCGGUUUUAACUAGCAUUGAUCAUAGCAUUUUAAACAAACAAAUAGAUAUUAUAAGCAGUGUACUUAUUUCUGAAGAUAGAGAUACUCUAUCUGAUCAUUUUGCUACUCUAUUAAUGAUUUAUAAUGAGUAUUGGGAUCAUAGAGAUUCAAUAGUUGGAAAGCUUCCAAUACCAUGUAGCAUAUUUAAGUCUGAUGUUGAAUUGGUCAUGAAGAAGUUAUUGGAAAUAGUUCAAAACGCAUUUUUGAAAGAAAUUGAUGUACUUGUAAGAAUAAAAUUUUUAAGGUUAUACAACGAGUUUUUGAAGCAUCUGCAAGGCAUCAAUUUUCAAUGGUUUAUGUCUAAAUUCUCCUAUUUCCCUGAGUUAGAAGGAGCUGUUGAAGAGAUUACAAAGAACGAUGUUACAUCUUAUCGUGUAAUAGAACCAGAAGAUUUUGUGGAAAUUUUUAUGAAGAAUGAAAAACCAAUCCCAAAGCAUUUUUUGCUUGAGGCAGUAAAAAAUUUGUUGGAUGUUGUAAGAAUGUCUCUGGACAAAGAAGGCUGGAAUGAUGAAGAUAGUGUAAAAUCAGCAGGUGAUUUGCUCCUUGCUGUUGGACACUCCUUUACUCAUUUUGAAGAUCAAGUUGAUUAUACGGACUUGGAGCAUUUCUUGAGAGAUUGCACGCUACCUUUUUACUGUGUUGUACAGAACAGCUAUACUUACUCGGAUUUCAAGAGACGUUUAGAUAAUGUUGAAAACUUCUACGUCUAUGUCAGAAAGCAAAAUCAAAUUGGUAUUCAGGUUGCUUUAAAUCUCUGCGAACAAGAAGUGUGUAAAGCUGAAAAAAGUGGGUUUGAAACCAUGAUGGAUAAAACCAUAUUAAAAGAAUGCUAUGUCUUAUAUUCUAAGAAGCUUCUUUCUUUGGAAAACUUCGGAAUUUCAGAAAUUUUGAAUGACAUGGAAAAUCAACUAAAAAAGGUAAAAAAAUUGCCUUUACAUCAGUGGACAUCGGAUUUUAAACUGACUUCAUUACCAGUUUUGUUGGCUAAUUUAGCUGCAGUUUGGUCUAUGCAAGAGUCUGAGGAUGUGUCUGGUAUAAAGAACAAAAUUGAGCCACACUGCGUUCAAAUUCUGUGCAUAUUUAGGCUUUUGGGAGUUGAUAAAGACUCUGUUGGAGUUCCUAAACAUUUUGCUCAAGUCUUAACGGGUCAAGGAAAAUCCCUCAUUUUAGCUCUGAUUUCAGCUUUAGUUGCAUUAACAGAUAAUGAAGCUUGUAUCGUUUGUUAUAGCUUUUAUUUAGCACAGCGUGAUAAAACAAGGUUCAAUUCAUUUUUCGAAACUUUUAAUAGAUUCGGUGUAAAGAACAAGAUAAGUUACAAUACGUUUGACUUCAUGGCUAAUGAAACUUUAUCGCGUAAAGUUAAUGGGGUAGAGGUACCUUUAAGAUCCAUUAUUACUGAUUUGGUUUCAAACAAACUUCCAACACAGGUUGUUCGUACUAUCCAGAAAUCUGAAAGAGUAGUUCUUUUAAUUGAUGAGGUGGAUGUUUUUUUCUCCGAGGAUUUUUACGGAAAUGUUUACGCUCCUGUUGUACACGUAGGUAUUCCAGCACUACUGAAAAUCCAACCGAAACUCUGGGAAAUUAUACAGAAUGGAGUUCUUUUAAAAAAAAGAAUUUUGGAGCAGAUCAGAGUGUUCAUAAGUGAGUUAAUAAAAGAUGAAAAUUACGAAGAUUUUAGAAAUUUCUUGAAAACUACCUCUGUUUUGUUUGAAAAGGAAUUGGAAAGAAUGGUUGGAGAUGCGGUACAUGUUUUUAUUGAUGCUGAUAGUAAGGGUGAGUAUAAAAUCAACCAGCAGGGAUUUAUUUGCCGAAAAGAUAAAUAUUUCCAAUACUGUACAAACACGUAUGCAUCUUAUGUGAAUACAUUUAAUUAUUUUCGGCUUAAAAAGGAAAACUAUGAUGAUAAAAGUUAUUCAAAUUUUGGAUUUUUGCAUGUGAAAGUAGGCUCUAUCUCAUAUGCUAGCUUACCUUUACGAUACCAAAGUAUUCUGGGAGUAAGUGGAACUCUAUUGAAUUUAAAUGACUCCGAAAAAAACGCUUUGAAGAAUUACGGUAUUCAAACCAUGUCUGCUAUGCCAUCCUUUUUUGGAGAGCUCAAGCUUGUUUUUAACCCCCUCGAACAUGUAUCUAUUUUAAACUCAAAAACGAAUUGGCUUACAAAAAUAUUCGAAAGUAUUUCUAAAAACGUUCACCUCAAUCGUGCUGUAUUGGUUUUUUUCGAAAAUGAUACAGAAAUGGAGUUAUUCCAAAGGGAGUAUCAAUCUAGCGUCGAUCGUCUGUAUACACUUACAGGAAACGAAGAUCCAAAAACUUUAGAAUGGCGUAUUAACGAGGCUGGAGUUGCACGAACUGUGACACUAGCUACAAAGACUAUGGGGCGUGGUAUUGACUACAAGUCGAACGAUAGAAGUGUUGAAGAAAACGGCGGUGUGCACGUCAUCCAGACGUUCUUCUCUUCAGACGAAAAGGAGGAGAUACAAAUUAAAGGUAGAACAGCUCGUAAAAAUAACCAGGGUAGUUAUGAGCUGAUCCUUGACCGCUCCCAUUUGGAAGAAAUGAGCUACUACACAACUAAAACAUAUGAAGAGCUUUGCAAUGAGAGACAAUAUGCAGAAAAUCUCAGAGGAGAUAAUAUCCAAAAAGGAAUGAAAAUUGCAGAGGUAAACCACAACAAAACCCUGGAAUUUUUCGAAUCCUUAGCAAAAUAUACGCCUGAAAAUCGCAAUGAGUAUUUGUCAAAGUUGAUUGCCUGAGUAACUAGUUGUAGACUUUCUGCGACAGUUGUUUAAAUUUUGUAUAAUUUGUGACUGUAUAUAAUCAACAAAAAGGUCACUAUGUCAUCAAAACUAUUGUGCCUUAUUAUUAACUAUAUUGUUUUUUUUUUUAAAUAAUUCUUUGUCU